UUCAGAGCAAGACGUUUUUAGUGUGAUAGUGCUCCGUGUUGCUUUUUUACAUUCCUCAAACAAACAAUGGAUUUGUUUGUGCAAUGCUUAUUGUUUCUAUUGUUUGUAAAUCUACCUGAGUCCUCCUGGCAAGCAACAAGUCCUUCGAAGGUUUCUUGCAAAGAUGAAAAAGGCGAUAAUGUGGAUUGGUUUUAUUUAUACAAAUUGCCCAUGCAUUAUGCUGCCAAAGAUGCAGCCAAGCCCUUAGAUGAUAGUGGUUUACAUUAUUUGUAUAUGAGCAGCAAAUCUUAUGAACAGUGGCAUAUGUCGAGUAGAAAGAUAAAUGAAUCUAGUUCCAUGGCAGCCUUGACCUUGGAGCCUCUGUUUGCCAAUGAUAAUUUGCUAUUAAUGGCCUAUAAUGAUGAAUAUCCCAAUGGCACGGUAAUCUUUGAUGGAGGCCAUACCAAAGGAGUGUUGGCCAGUGAUGGUGUGACGGGUUUAUGGCUUAUACAUUCAGUGCCUAAGUUUCCAGCCAUACCAAAAUAUGAAUAUCCUAAAACGGGGGCUCAUUAUGGGCAAAGUUUUCUGUGUGUUACAUUUCCUGCCGGCGAAAUGGAGAAGGUGGGCGAGCAGUUGUUAUUUAAUGAGCCCAACAUCUAUUUUCAUCAAGUGCCUGAGAUUUUUGAGCGAAAAUUCCCUGCCUUGGAAAAGGUGAUUAGAAAGCAGUGGAUUUCUCAAAAACCUUUUAGCAAUGUCUUAAAUUUGGUUUCCUUGGAGGGCAACACUUUUAAGUCGUUUGCCAAAUCCAGUAAAUUUAACCAAGAGCUUUACGAAGAUUUAUUGGCCCCUGUAUUGGAUACCCAUCUCUUGGUGGAAACUUGGCGUAAUGGUGCUGGCAAUCUACCUUCAAACUGCUCGCUCAAUGACAAUGUCUACAAUGUAGUAGGUCUCAAGUCCGAGGAUUUGGGUUUGGAUUUUAAAACUUCACAAGAUCACUCUAAAUGGGCGGUUUCCCAAAGUGUGGGUUUGAAAUUUUGGCGUUGGCGUAUACCCAGCACCAGCAAUUGGUUAUGUGUGGGCGAUAUAAAUCGCCAAGAACAUCAGCUGCAGCGUGGAGGAGGAGUUUUGUGCCAACAAAAUUCCAAGCUGGCCAAACAAUAUCGCAAUUUGGUGGAAGAUUAUGAAAAAUGCCAUUAAAGAAAUUAAGUAAAGGAAAUAAAAAACUCGAAUUUUAUAUAUUUUUUUAAUUUCUUUAUUAUUUUUAUUAUUAUAUAAGGUCUUCUAAUAUAUAUAU